CAAGCACCCUGGUCACGACACCUCGACACGCAACACCGAUCAUAGGUCUUCGUCUCUGAGCGCGCACGAUACCAGUCCCUCCCGCCAGCGCCACGAUCAAGAUGGUCAGAGGAAACGGCUCGCGCCAGGCGCUGCAAGUGUGACUGGCUUCGUGUGUGGCCAAUCGUCCUCGUCACAAGCCCAACGCACUCGAGAUGGCCGGGAGAAACGAGGUGUACGCUGAGCCUCGCAAAUGCGAGCGACCAGGCUGUGGAAAGUCCUUCACUUCGCCUUACUCAUAUCAUUCACACAUGCAGGACCACAAAUUACGAGACGAAAAUGUCUCAUUUAAGUGUCCAGUAGCGGGGUGUGGCAAGGAGUACACUCGGCAGUCGAAUCUAAAUGAGCACAUGAAGAUUCACACUGACCGAGAGGACGGCAAGGUGCACAAGUGUGGCGAGUGCGGGCUGGUCGUGGGCUCCGAGACGGCCUUGACCAAGCACAAACGGCGUCACGAGGUCGAGAGGGCUGGGACGAUGUACGCGUGCACGGUGGCCGGCUGCACGAAGAAGUACAAAGCAACCAGACGGUCUAUACGCGCACGUCCGCAACGUGCACCAGGCUGUCGUGCUCUUCUGUCCGGUCGAGGGAUGCUCGUCGACCUUCACGACGCAUCUCGGCAGGCAGAAGCACGUCGAGGGGCACAAGGCCGACCGUCCUCGCCUGGCCUGUCCGCACCCGGGGUGCAAGAAGACGGUUUUGACUCAGCAGAGUCUCGACUACCAUCUUCAAACGCAUCUUGAGGACAGGGAGCUGUUCUGCUGCCCGCACCCGACGUGCCCCGAAGCAUACCUGGACCCCAAAUACACCAAGGUCCACUUCGGGAAGGAGCACAAAGGAGAGUGGCCGGGAGUCCCUCGGACGAUUCGCCAGUCUGAGAGAGAUGGCCAGCGUCGUGGCGGCAGCAACCCUGCUGGGCCGUCACGCUCGCGUGCAGCGGGGCCAAGCCGCAGCAGCGCC